UGAUGCAGACUCCAGGCGUGUGUCACGUGAUGGUGUGGAAAAGACAUGGAGUGAUGCUGCAGAAGCAUAUGAGCUGGCUUUAUUGGGAUAUUCACUGCUAAUAAAGAGUUUGCGGAACAGCAGAAGACUGGAAGAGAAAGUGGGGGUGUAUCCUAUGAGUCUGUGAGGGAGAGAGAGGGAGAAACGUGGACAGUGAUGUUGCGCGUUAUCUGCUCGCAUAAUGAGGGCUGUCUUUCCCAGUUCAGGCAGCGAGGCUUCUCCGCCCUUCCUUCCAGCUAGGAUCUGUAAUUUACACGACAACAGCAGGGCGUCAGUCGGAUCUCCAUCAUCUGUGCCGGAUCUUACACCGCUUUGCUGCUGCUGCUGCUGCUGCUGCAGCUCCUGCCACUGACUGCUCCAUCACCAAACCCAGACCAGACCCGAGCAGAUCCCAUCACCCUGCCAUGUGCAGAACGACAUGCAUGUGUGAGUUCAUGCGGUGACAGAGGCGGGGGGAAUGGAGCAGUUGUCAACGCAUUCCUGCAGACGCACCGACGGUGAUACAGUGGAGGCUGUCGUGUAGGGAGAAGACCUUCAUACGCAGCGGCCAACCCAGGAAAAAAAAAUAUAUAUACGUUUUUAUUUCCACCGAAGAGGGAUCAGUGAUCAGGUCUCGCCUUUCAACAAUGGGGGAGCAGCCCAUCUACAGCACACGGGCCCACGUCUUCCAGAUCGACCCCAACACCAAGAAGAACUGGCUGCCCACCAGCAAGCACGCCGUCACUGUCUCCUACUUCUACGACAGCACGCGCAACGUCUACCGCAUCAUCAGCCUGGACGGCACCAAGGCAAUAAUCAACAGCACCAUAAGUCCCAACAUGACUUUCACGAAGACCUCGCAGAAGUUUGGCCAGUGGGCAGACAGCCGAGCGAACACCGUAUAUGGGCUGGGGUUCUCCACUGAGCAUCAUCUGUCCAAGUUUGCUGAGAAGUUUGCUGAGUACAAAGAAGCAGCACGGCUCGCUAAGGAGAAGAGUCAAGAGAAGAUGGAUAUGGCCACGUCUCCUUCUCAGGAGUCUCCUGGUGGUGAGCUCUCAUCACCUCUGACCCCUGUGACACCGCCCAUGGAAAGUAUCAACGGCACGGAUGAAAUCCUUGACACGCCUCCCAUCGCAGACCCUCGUCCAGAGCCAUCACAGAACGCGCUGGCCUUCGCACACAGCCCAGCCAUGACAAAACAUUGGGAGGCUGAGCUGGAGGCUCUCAAGGGGAACAAUGCCAAGCUAACGGCAGCCCUGCUGGAGUCCACAGCCAACGUCAAACAGUGGAAACAGCAACUGGCUGCCUACCAGGAAGAGGCAGAGAGACUACACAAGCGGGUGACAGAGCUGGAGUGCCAGAGUACCCAAACCCCAGUGAUUAAAUCCCAGAAGACUGAACUCAAUCAAACCAUAGAAGAGCUGGAGAAUACGCUACGGGAGAAGGAAGAGGAGAUGGAAAAGUUGAAAGAGGAACUGGAAAACAUGAAUGACCUGAUGGAGCAGAAGGACACUCUUACUCAGAAGCUUGAGGAGACGGAGCUGCGGAGCCGGGUGCUCGAGGAGCAGCUGGCAGGAGCAGAGCAGCGGUUGGAGGAAAACCAGGAAGAACAGGAAAAUUUCAGAAAGAGUCUGAGGACGCUGCUGGAGAUGCUCGACGGCAAGAUCUUUGAGCUGACGGAGCUCAGAGACACCUUGGCUCGGCUAAUAGAGGAGGCCAGCUAGAGACCGAGUUUUCCUAAUUCUCCCAGACAGAGCCAUAUGAUAAUUUAUUUACAGCCCCACCGCACACGCAAAUCCCACCCACCAUCCCUCCCCUCCACAUACACCCUACACACAUAAGUAGUGACACACUGCACUGCCCACAUUCAUAUUUUCCUCACAAAGGGCAGCUGACUCCCUGUUUUUACCUUGCAGGCAUUGCGUUUUUACCAACCACAAGCACUCCUGUAGUUCAAGAUGACACAGGGACUACCUCAGCUUGCCUUGUGAUUGGCUGGUGUAGGUAUAACUUUGGCAAAACUGGUCGAUCCAGUUGUAGAGAUGCCUCCCAUGGCACUCUCCAACUCCCCCCUUAAUCACCCUAACAUGCACGCACACACUCACUUACUUGAGAACUGUGCCUCAGUGCCAUCUACUGUUUGACCGGGAGAGCUGCGCCUCAGCUCGCGACAUCACAACGUUUCACACCCACACACACUUCUCUUACUCUCUAAACUGCCCCUCCAGGGGGUGAUGUUGAAAGUCAUGUGGAACUAAUUGCUGUUAAGACUCAGAGAACUGCGCCAAAGCUGCCAAACCCUCCGAAAACAUUGUCCUCUAACUUGCAGAUGCUUUGAUCCAAAGUAACUUACUGUACAGAGAAGAUUUGAACAGAAACCCCCCUCCCAACAUGUUUGUAUUCGGGCUUGUCAGAAGAAUGUAACUUGGAACUGCAGGAUGACUCUAAAAAAACAGUCAGUCUUAACUUUUGACCUGCAGUGCUUUCACUGUUGCUCCUCAGUCUGGACUCAGGGCUGCUGGGAAACAGAGUCUGAGAUACUUCUUAAGAGAAAAUGAAGGACUUCUGUAAAUCCACACCCUGUUAAAAAAAAGAGAGGAAAAGUCCUGUAUGACUGAUGAGUGUCACAUCUUUUGGGGGCAUUUUCCAUGCCAAAGCAGAAGUGUCAUUGCUAUGUUUGAAAUGAGAAUUCGUGUAUCCAGACUGCUUCCACCAUCACAGACAUCUGGCCUGUCUUCCUGCCAAACUCAGUGUGACGUGUGCUCGAACAAGGUGUUACAUAAAGUGUGCCUUCAAAGUACACUUAAGUGGGCAUGUCUCUGUACAUAAUAAGUGUUUGUGCUUUUCAGAAAGGAGACCCUGUUUUUGGACAGCAAGACCUACACGCACCCACGCACACACACACACACACACACCCGUAUACACACAUAUACAGACACAUACACUGAGCAAUACCAGACAGGCUCGAUCUGACACCUCUAUCCAACUUUAUCAGGUACUCUUCUCAGUGGACUCAUGCAGAUAAGUGAAACACAGUUAAGCUGAUACCCUCUGUCCAGCAGAAAGUGUACUACUGUUGACCGCAAAACUGUGUGGCAGCCCUGUGUGGUCAGAGUAGUGCAUCCCGAAGGGCUCGCAGAGUGUCAUCUUCAUGUUCCAAAAUCUCCUCCCUCAGAGAAACUGGACUCAGAUUGUCGCUCCACAUGGGUGAAUACAGAACUGUACUCAGUUUCUAUUCAUUUAUUUUUCUUUCUUCUUUCUUUCUUUUUUUUUUUUUUUUUUUUACACAGGAUAUAAUGCUGAUGAUAUAAUUAUAUGACUGUAUUAAAAAACAACAACUUUUUACUCAUGCCGGCGUUGUAAAUGAAUGGAUGGAUGACUCAAAUGCAGUAACACCCUGCAGUGGCUUAUUGUUGUGUAUUAACCCACGGGUAUUUUGUCCGUAGGUAAACACUGAAAGCCUCCUCUGUACAUUUAAAAUGUGUAACACCACAGUGUAAACAAGCAGUGUUAUACAUUUUGUAAUACACUUUACUCUUAUUGUAAAAAGCAGCUUUUAUGUCGGUAAAAACUUCAAUUCUCUGCUUUUAAAAUGAAUACCUUUCUAAAAAGCGAUUCACGAGGUGCUGCCGAUCUUAUUAUUUCAACUGAGCACCCUGUUUGCACUAAGUUAUUACACUGUUGUAACUCCAUUAUAUGUCAACCGAUUUGCAUUUAGUACUAGCACACUAUAAUUAUAUACCUAAAUUGCUUUCUGUAGUUAGUUACACAGGUUAAUACACUGGAAUAAGAAUCAUUGUAAAGGGGAAUGUUACCUAUUUAUUUUCUCGCUGAUGUAAUUUUGAAAGUGGAGUGACAGCGAUGGAGUACCUUAAUACUAAUGCUCUUGUUAAUGAAUGCCUUUGUACAGUAGUGGACAAGAAGCUUUUCAUUCUCCUGUUUUGUAACUUAUAGUAUUUAAUUGUAGGUAUUAUUAUUGUAUUUAGAGGUAUGAGAGGACUGGCAAUAUUUUUGACUAUUUAAAGUAAUUUUGAACUCAUGAUAUUAAAGAGGUACCUCAGGCUAACGAUGUCCGUGGAUUGGUGAGAUUUGUGUGUUUGUGGGUAAAAGGAUUUGCCGAAUGCUCUUAAAAAGCGAUCACGAGACGCACUCAUUGGUGCUUCAGACAAACUAAAUCUUUCUUUUCUGAAUUCAG